AUGCUGGUGAAAUGCGGGGAUGCAAAACUAAUCUGGUAUAUUUCGCCACUAAGGUUAGACAUAUUGAAAUUUGGUGGGGAAACCUUUAGGGAAUGGUGCAACUCGGUCAUAGAGACUUAUAAAGAUGUAGCUUGGUGGAACAUUUUCUGGAGUAUUGCGUGGGGAGUAUGGUUGAAGUGCAAUAGGUGGUGUUUUGAAGGAAAAAGGUGGAAGAGUAAUGAAGUCAUUCGAAGAGCAGUAAGUAUGGUUGGGGAAUUUGAGACGGUGCAGGAAAUAAGCAAUACAAAUCCUUCUUCCCCGACCUUGGACUCGAGUUGGAAGCCUCCUAUGGAGGGUGUGAUUAAGGUAAACUCGGAUGCAGCGGUUUUUGCUCCUAGUGGGGUGGGCCUUGGGGGUGUAAUGAGAGAUAGUGUUGGUGAUGUUGUAGCCUCAACAUGCUUGAAAUUGGAACGAAAAUUUGAGGUGGAUGUUGUUGAGGCCCUUGCUAUGAGACAUGCUCUUAACAUCGUUAUUGAUUUCAGAUUUCGCAACGUUUGCUUAGAGACUGAUUGCUUGAAGCUACACAACCACCUGGUGAAGAGUAUUACUCCUAGUACUGCUUUUGGGGCGAUUGUGAAGGAUUUCCUUCAGCUAUCCACAGUUUGCCAUCUUGUUUCCUUUUCGUUUGUAAGGAGGAGUGGCAAUCGGGUUGCUCAUAACUUAGCCAAAUUAUGUCUUUCUUUUAAUGAACUUAGAGUUUUUAUGGAGGAUUUCCCUAGUGAUGUAAUUGAAUUUGUAGUGGCUGAUUUGAGCCCUGAUGUUUGA